AUGGCUCUCCUCCGGCAUGAGCUCAGCAGCGGCUGGACAUUUAAACAAGAGGACGAUACCUCCGAGAACUCGUGGCUCCCCGUGCCCAAAAUCCCCAGCCAAGUCCACGUGGACCUCCUGGCCAACGACAAGAUACCCGACCCGUUUCUUGACAUGAACGAGCUCGCCGUGCAAUGGGUCGCGGAAAAGACUUGGGUCUACCGCGCGUCCUUCGCAACGCCGGCGGGUUUCUCGGACGCCCCCGGCAGCGUGACGGACCUCGUCUUCGAGGGCCUGGAUACUUUCGCCAAGGUCACCCUCAACGGGACCGAGAUCCUCAGGUCGGACAACAUGUUCCUCUCGCACCGCGUCGGGGUCUCUAGGCUCCUGAAGCGUGGCGGCGGCGGCGAGAACGUCCUGGAGAUCGUCUUCGAUUCAGCGCUGCUCCGUGGCAGGCAGCUCCUAGAGGAGCACGCGCACGAGCACCGGUUCAUCGCACGGCAGACGGAGCCGGGUCGGAUUCCCGUGCGCAAGGCGCAGUACCACUGGGGCUGGGACUGGGGCCCAAUUUUGGUCACGGCCGGCGUCUGGAAGCCUGUGUUUCUGGAGCACUACGUGGCUCGUCUGGAGGAUGUCUGGGUAAGGAGCGAGGUUGGUGCGGAUCUGAAGUCGGCGUCCGGCCAGGUCAUUGUCAAGACUGCGGGCUCCGGCUCGGCGAAGGUAUCCGUGAAGUUCGCCCUCGACGACGAAGUCGUCUUCGAAAGGGACCUAGACGUGGCAGAGGACGGAACAGCUCAGACAGACUUCUGUCUCGAGAACCCCCAGCUCUGGUACCCCCUGAACACCGGCCCCCAGACCCUCUACACCAUCACGGCCACCCUUCACGACCUUUCUGGCACGCCCCUCGCCUCGCAGACCAAAAGGACGGGGUUCCGCCGCGCCGAGCUUAUCCAAGAACCUGACUCUCUCGGAAAGUCCUUCUACUUCCGCAUCAACAAUGUCGACGUCUUCGCCGGUGGCUCCUGCUGGAUCCCGGCCGACAGCUUCCACGCCUCCAUCGAGGCCGCGCGCUACCGCGCCUGGGCGGGGCUUAUGGCCGCCUCGAACCAGAACAUGCUGCGCGUCUGGGGCGGCGGCGUGUACGAGGCCGACGCGCUCAUGGACGCGUGCGACGAGCUGGGCGUCAUGGUGUGGCACGACUUCUGCUUCGCCUGCGGCAGCUACCCGGCGUACCCUUCGUUCCUGGCGAGCGUCGAGCAGGAGGCGCGGCAGAACCUGAGGCGGCUGAGGGGGCACCCGAGCAUCGUCAUCUGGGCGGGCAACAACGAGGACUACCAGGUGCAGGAGAGGUAUCAGCUCGAGUACAGGUUCGACGAGGACAAGGACCCGCAGUCGUGGCUCGGGUCGAGCUUCCCAGCGAGGUAUCUGUACGAGUAUCUGCUGCCAAAGAUCGUCGAGGAGGAGAGCCCGCACACGGUGUACCACCCGAGUAGCCCCUGGGGCGAUGGGAAGCCCACGGCUGACCCGACAGUCGGCGAUAUCCACCAGUGGAACAUCUGGCACGGCGCCAUGAACAAAUACCAAGACGCCCACCUCCUGACCGGCCGCUUCGUCUCCGAAUUCGGCAUGGAGGGCUACCCGCACCUCUCCACGACGACCGCCAUGCUCACUAGCCCGUCCCAGCAUCGGCCCGGCUCCAUGACCCUCGACUUCCGCAACAAGGCCUACGACCACGAGCGCCGCAUGAUAACCUACAUCGCCGAGAACCUCCCUAUCGCCUACGACCUGCCCCGCUUCACCCACCUCACCCAGCUGAUGCAGGCCGAGGCCAUGUCCUUCACCUAUAAGGCCUGGCGCCGCGACUGGGGUAGCGGCACAGGCACCAGGGGUUGCGGCGGCGCGCUGGUGUGGCAGCUCAACGACUGCUGGCCGACGGUGAGCUGGGCCGUCGUGGACUACUGGCUCGUGCCGAAGCCGGCUUUCUACGCCAUCGCGAGGGCGCUGAGGACGCUCGACGUCGGUGUGCGGCGGCGCGUCGACGAGUGGACAAAGUGCCACGCGGACCCGACGCUCGGGGCCGGGCCCGCCGCCGAGUUUGAGGUCUGGGUCGCGAGCGGGCGCGCGGACGCCGUCGAGGGAGACCUGGUGGUGCGGUUCAUCUCCAUCGGGACGGGGAGGGAGGUGAAGCGGCGGAUCGAGAAGAGGGUCGUGGCGGGGGCGAACGCGACGACGGACGUCGUGGAGAAGCAGGCCGUCGGCGACUCUGUGGGGAGGGACACGAGCGUGCCGUUCCGUCCGGAGGAGGACGACCCGUUUGUCAUCCACGCGACGCUCGCCGUGGACGGGGCGGUCGUGGCCGAGGACACGACGUGGCCGCAGCCGCUGAAGUAUCUCGAGUUCUCGGACCGCGGGGUGAGGGUACGCUCUGCGGGAGAGGGCCGAUUGGUCGUCUCUGCGGAGAAGCCGGUGAAGGGGUUCGUCAUCCAGGAGGAGCGGGGGAUGAAGCUGAGCGACAACGGGUUCGACGUCGUGCCGGGCGAGGAGAGGGUCGUGCGUGUGGAGGGCAUCGAUGUCGAGAAGCUGAGGUGGACGUAUCUGGGGGCACCGGAGGCGUCGCUGGGGCUGUAUAGCUAG